UAUGCUUAAGAUAAAUGUAAAACUCGAUAAGUCCAAAUCUAUUCCUCGUAUAUAUGCUCAUAGAACCAAUAAAUUUUGAAAACGAUAACAAUGGAUUGAACGAAUCACGAGACCGGACCCAGCAUUUUUUAACAAAAACACGUAGGUAAUCCCCUAUUGCUGAAAAUGUUACCUGGAAAAUCAGCUCGACGACAAAUUCUAGUAUUGCUUCCUUCAUACGUCAAUGGUAUAACAUCCGGAUGCAUAAUUGGCUGGACAGCAAAUGCAGUUUUCCUGCUGAAUCUACCCGAUGCUGAAAUCACAGCCAGUGCUGAAGAACUGUGGUGGAUUGUUUCGAUGAUGGAAAUUGGCAAAAUGAUAUUCUCCAUUCCUGCCGGAUUACUAGCUGAUAAAGUUGGCAAAGAGAAUAUUUUGACUAAUGUUGGACUGAUACAUUUCACCUCGUGGGUCAUGUUAUCCAUUUGCACAUCGAUACCGCUCGUGUGCUUUGCUAGAUUUCUAGCCGGAAUUGGCACAGCUCUACUAAACGCAACUGCAAUGGCCACAAUAGGUGAAAUCGCAUCUCCCGAAAUCCGCGGAACCUUAGCUACCCUCCAGCAAACAUGUGUCCUGCUAGGCAACCUCUCCCAAGCACUGAUCACAGCCAUCUAUCCAUCAUACAGUGUUCUCGCAUAUGUCGCCACCAUCAUCUCAUCCGUUUACUUCAUCACCAUGUAUUGGCUGAUCGAAACACCCAGUUCGCUCAUAAAAGCUGAAAAAUUUAACCAAGCCAAAAGCAAUCUAGCAUACCUGCGACCUGAUAAAACCCAAAAUGAAAUAGACCUAGAGUUUGAUCAACUCAAAACCUACAUCGAAGAAGAAAAUUUCCUAACACGUGAUACCAGUUGUUGGCAAAUUAUUACAACUAAAAACACCUUUAAACCGAUACUCAUCACAGCUAGUAUCAAUUUUUUCAUGUUAUUAACCGGUGUCUCGGUCGUACUCGCCUACAUCACUGAAAUAGUACCAUAUAAUAACAUAAUCGACAGGAAAUUCUACCCAUUGAUAAUCAUGUCCGUUUCUGUAUUUUCUUCUUUAACAACCAACCUAUUCAUUGAUAGAAUACCACGUCGAAUACUUUUCAUCACCGUUGCAAUAAUGAUAUUUUUCACUCAAGCCAGCAAUGGGCUAAUGUAUUAUUUCUAUACAGCUUUCGGCGUCAGUUCGUGCGCCUUUAUUUUUACAUUCGGUAAUUUAUUUUUCCGAGUGCUCUGGGCUUUCUUACUUUUACCUCUUAGUAGCGUAAUUAGGUCAGAAAUUUUCCCUCAGAAUGUUAAAGGUAUAGGGAAUGCGUUUUGUGAUAUGGCUCAAGCCAUGUCAAUCACUUUAACUUUUAAACUAUACGAAUGCAUGAAUUCGAACAAUCAAUUGACCGAUCUGUACUACAUUUUUGCCAUCAGUGCAAUCGUUAUGCUAGGAAUUGUGUAUUUUUAUUUGCCGGAAGGACGUGGAAAAUCAUUGGUAGAGAUACAGAAACAAGAAAUACAGAAAAUGGGCAAUUGAUGCGUAGUUCUAGAAAUAAGUUCCUAGUUAUCUUCAUAACUUCUUCUCUCUUUUUCUAAAGAAAAGAGAAUAUUUUGAGUCUCAUUUUUUACACAUGGUUGUUACAUUUUAAUAAAAUGACAUGAAACAUGA